AUGGCAGCAGAAGGUAUUGAAAAAAUAACUGAAGUUCCAGUAGAAUUUUUCAAAGAUGGAUCAGCUUUUGUUAAAAAAUGUCAAAAACCAGAUCAAAAAGAAUAUUUUAAAAUUAUAAAAGCAGUUGGUGUAGGUUUUGUCAUGAUGGGAGUUGUUGGUUACGCUGUUAAAUUAAUUCAUAUUCCAAUUAGAUAUUUAAUUGUAUAA